ACACCUUAGCCAGGACUUGAACCUGGACCGCUCACUCUGGAGCUGAGCACACUAACCAUGAGGUCACCACGCCUUCCACUAAAUAAACUACCCCACAUUAAAUAUCACAGAAUACCCAUUCCCCUACCCUCAUAUCAAAUCUCCUUGUUACUGUUUUCCACACCAGCUCCUCUUCCAUCCACAAGGUACUUGUAUGCCUCAAAGUAUUUUAUAAAAUGCUAUAUGUAUCUGUACACCAGGGCCAAGUUGUUCAAAGGCUGCCCAGGAUUAAUAGGCAACCGGGGUGCUGUAUUAAAUGUUUUUCACUUUUUAUGUUGGGUAUUUCAAGAUUUCUCAAGCUCAAAACUAAAGGACAAACAAUGUAAACAGAAAACCUCACCAAAGAGUUACAAAACUGAAAUCAAAAUUCUCGUGAAUCCUGUGUCUUUGAAAAACCCGGUCCAGAACAAUACGGUGCUGCACCCAACCGGACUUAGCGCGCCCUUAUCCUCCCCUCCCCUCCAAUCACCUAUAUUCAGAUGUAAAUGAGGCGCGAGACUGGGCACUAAUGAGCGCGAGUUUUGAUCCAAGAUGGCGAGUUCAAAACGAUUUUUGUACAAUCCUGCGCCUUCACAAACGCCACCACCACAAAUCAGGAAAUCGCUUGCUCAGGGAGUUCUUGUUGCCGAGCCCAGCGUAGGGUUUGCAAGUGCCAGCCCUACUACGACGUUUGUCCCUGACUCAAUGUACAUGGAAGAGAGAGAAUCUGAACAAACAUCACCAGUUCUUAUGGUGGAUGCCACAGGGCAUCAUAAGAGCCCUGACCUUGCUGAAGUCCCAGUUGUUACAGGCAUUGUUAACUCUCCAGUAAGAGUUGUGUGCCAUUCACCUCGAAGCGUGGGAAGAGAAAGAAGUGGUUUAGAAAAUCCAGUUGUUGUUCAGAGAUCGGACAAUAUCUCUGAUGUGACAGGUCAUUUAGAAGCAGGAAGAAGAGUCAAAGUGGCCGGUGUACCAAGUGUUAAUCUGUUAGACUCAAGUGCAAGAAAGAAAGAUUUGUCACCAUCCCUAUUUAAUUCAGACUCUCAUUUCAGGGAACAACCACAUGUAGAAAACAUAUUGGACCAUGGGAGUCUGGCUGAUGAAGCCAGAAUGCAACCUCAACAGACAAGCAGACCUGGAGCUGAGUUUAAAAGCUUUUUGGGAGAGGAGGGUCUUCCUGGUCCGCCACUAUCAUCUAAUGUGUCAACGCCACAAAUAAAGCAACAACUUUUUGACUUCUCUUUAGAUUCCCAUUCACAAGCAGCUCAUGGUGAACAGUCCAUUUUAUCCACCAUGAGUGAAGAAAAACAGAACUCAAAGCUAAAAAAGAAGAAACAAAAAACUGCUCGCAUUGUUCCUUCCAGAUACAUGGAUAAUAAGCCGAAGACCACUAAAAAGGUGACAGUAAAGGAUGUACCACUUCCAUCAAAAAAGAAAGUAAAAGCUUCAGCUACACCUACACCAAGAUCAAAAGAUCAGUCAUUUGUUACACAUUCUAACAACAGCACACUGAACCUAGAAGAUUACACACCUUUUAUCCGGAACACAUCACAACAAACAGGCAUUGUCACAUCAACUCCAGCUGAUGGUAUGGUUGGCGUUGAGCCUCCUGUUCACAUGGGAGCCCCUACCCCUAUAUUAUCCCAGGGCAUAGCAACAUAUACAAGGCCACAUGUUGGAAGUGGAGGUACUGCUGCCAUUAAGAAGACGUCUCGAGAAAAGCGAAAAACACAGACUGGUGUGUCCAAGAAAACAAUAGUUAAGACGACAGGUUCAUCUCAAGCUGGUCUACUGCCAGAUCAUGUGACUGCAAAGCCACCUGUGCCAAAUGAGGCAGGACAUAGUGGAACAUCAGAAGAAGGCGAUAUCUCACAACGUCAGCUUGAACUUCAAUACUCGAGAGUUGUACAAGCUGCUUUUCUAUACUCAAGGCUGAAACAUUCGUUUGGUCAAAAAGAGAAAGAUGCCCAGAGUCAGAUCUACUCUGUGUGGCAAGAGAAAGAAAAACUACAACGCGAAGUGGCCAGUCUGGAGUUGCAACUGAAGUUGAAAACAAAAAUUGCUGAACUAGAUAAACAGAUUCAACUUCAGAUGUCAGGACUAAAGCCAAUUGGAUCUCACAUGUUGAAGCUGAUAUUAGAGUACAGCAAGCUAGCGGCUGCUUUGGAUACCACCAGACAUCAUAUGUCAGUUAAUGGUGUGUUUAUACCGCAAAAUCACGCUGAGCUAUUUGCUGUACUUGAUGAAAGCGAGAGAUUACUAGGCGAAAUUGAUGGACUAACCAAACAAAACCAACAUAAGAUCGGAUCGUUUGCCAAAGAAAUGGAUGGGCUAUCCAAAACUGUUGAAUCUGAAAUCCAAGAGCAAAACAGGUGCGGUGAAUUAUUGGCCGCUGCGUCGACGCUGAGCACGCAAGAGCGUAGUCUUCAAGCUCAGUCCAUCAUGGCUGGAUUAUGAGAACUUCGUUGCAGUCCGGUCUGGAGGUUCAGCGCAUUGCUAAAAUGUGUCUGUCUGUGCACUAGAGAACGGUCCAGGUUUAAACUUACACCUGUUUAACAGCAGAACAUUAUGAUAACCUUUGAUCAGGGUUUUCCCAGUGCCUUACGUCGUGACGCUAUAAAAAAGGCUGUGAACCUAUUGAACUAACGAAAAUCUUGAUUGCUGUUUAACCCAGUAACUCACUCGUUGGUGUACGUAAGGGAAAACCGGCGGCAGUUUUGAGUUAACCAGCUCAAGAUAGACGUCUCAACAGUGAUGAUCUGUGAUUGGUCGUUAUCACAUGCAAGUUAAACGAAUGAAGCGUGCCGAGGGAAAGGGUCUGUUUAGAUAACGAGAGCUACCGAUACCACACUAUACCCUCUCCUAGAUAAUGCCCUCCCUGAUAACUACAGCUGAUUUUCACGGACCCAAUGUAAUAAACUGUUUAACACUGCAAUAAUGAUUAUAAAGGAAAUAAGUUCUGAAGCGACUGGGAAAGAUUGUUACUGCACAACGUUACAGUGGAUUACUUCCUCAUAAAAGUGUUUGCUUAGCUUAGUCUGUUCUGAUGUAAAUAACUUGCUGUUUUGAUUUCUGUUUCUGCUUCCGUUUCCUGAGUCAGUCACUGUUGCAUUUGUAUUUCUAACAAAUCCUGUAAAUAAACUGAAUGAAGCCAGAUUAUUUAUAAAAAUGUCCAGUUUUCUCUCUUAUCAUACUUGUUUUCCUUGAAUACCGUAAAAACCAUUGAAUUAUUUCAUGAAAUAGGCUGCAUGAAUGUACAUCACUCGAGCCCGCGGUUAGCGUGUUAAACUGAGGGCUUCGCCUUCGAGGGCAAAGCGGCACUGCGUUGUCUUCUCGGAAAAGACAUUCAGCUCCACAUUGCCUCUCCCCACCCGGAGAAACCUCGCAAAAUUGCUGCGUGGUCGAGGUCGAGGUACCUACAAUGGUAACAUCGCAUCCAGGGGGAACAAACACGUUAGUCGUCCUCCUCGCUUCAUGCCAUGGGAACAUGGGCCUACGCUUUCACACUGCGCUUCGUGUACGUCCGUGGAGGACCAGUGACCCAAUGCAUAGGGUUAGCACGCUGGACUCCGGAUCGAGCGUUCCGAUCCGGGUUCGAGCCCUGACCGAGGUCAUUGCGUUGUGUUCUUCGGUAGAACUUUUAUUUGGUACUCACAACAAAAAGUCUACUGUUGACAAGCUGUUUAAUUAUACUAUCUUGUUCAUGCGUCGUUAUAUAUACACUAGAAAAUUAAAUGAGGAUGCGUUUCUCCUUCCGGACUUCAUUAACAAAAUCAGGUAUAGAUACAGUCUAGAAAAAUUUCCUCCUGAGUAAGUAAACAAUGCCUCUCCUCUUAAAUAUCAAAACGUCCGAAAUUUUCCUUGCAACUGUUAUUUCUUUAAUUUGUCUCGUUUGUAAUUGCUAAAAACUGUAAAAAAUAUGUUAAUAUCUUAAAAGUUAUACUGUAGUGAGAUUAAGUUUAGAUAUCAGAAUUAAUUUGUUUAAUUUAGUGAUUGUAAAAAGAGUGACGAUUAAUAAUUGCAUGUGUGUAAGUAAAUGUACUGUAAUUAGUGUAAGGUGUAAGUACUUGUAUUGUAGUUAAUGUUUCUAUUGUAAGUAUUGUAAGAUUUUUGUGUUGUAAUAACAAUAAAAAAUGUUCUUUAUUAAA